AUGGGUGACUACAGCUAUGGUUUGUCUCGGGCGCAAUCGACGACACUUCUUCACUCAUACCGUCCCAGAAUACUAGUAACGCGCGCAAAAUCUCUGCCAGAUCUUGUGAAUUAUGUAAGAAAAAGCAGCAAAUACAAGCCUCAAUGGGGCUAUACAUUCUGGCCUAACUACGACCUGUACGAUGACUUUUGGCACGAUCGUUACAGUGGAUUUAGACCACUUUAUAAAAGUUCAUAUUAUCCACGUCGUUAUUAUCAUCCGGAUGUAAUGCCCAAUCCGCAUUACUGGAGUGGACCAUAUACCGCAUGGGCAAAAAAUAGAGGAUUUUGGUACGACUAUAACUCACCGUACUACUACCGAAGAUAUUUCACUUAUUAUGACGACUAUCCACGCUACCUCUACAGUCCCUUUCGCACCAGAAACUACGCACUUACAACAUUUUACGGUCGUUAUUACUGA